AUGGAAACUGGAAGCCACGGUACAAUGAGGAAAGUGAAAAAUGGAGGACUCAAAGUCCUGUGGGCAGAGCAGUUGAGAAGUAUGAAAAAUGAGUUCAAAAGAGACCAUCAUCAUCCAUCUUGGCAAAUGGCUAUUCAGAGUCAUAUAGAUGCCACACAUGCUUUGGUACAGUUGGCUAAUGAAGAUCCUAGUCUGCUUCAUGGCGGGUUACAUUCACAUGGAAUGAAGCAUAGUGUGAAAGGGAUUCCAAGCAUAAAGGAUUCGAAGGGGAUGUCAAGGGGUGAUAGUCAUUCGGAUGUGGCUGGGAGAAAGGUUAAUUUUUUGGUAAAGCGUCAGAAAGCCGACUUUGGAGGUUGUAUGAAGGAUGAAGAUGCUGCAGCAGUCUUAGAUUUUCAUUUGCCAGCAGUGCCAUAUCCUGCAGGGAGAAAGCAGAAAAAGAUGAAAAUGUUUAAGAAGCUAUCUUCGCUCGUACCAAAAUAUAUGAAAAGUAAUGUCAGUGAGAAGGAUGAUAAUGUGAAUGAACCAUGUCAGUUGUUGGAUAGUCGUGGUCAUGAUAGACUACGCAUGUUAAUGGCAAAGAAACGGAAAAGGGUGGCAGGAUCCUAUUCAAAAAGAAAAACUGUGGAAGUUGCAGCACCAGUAAAUUUACCCUUGAAAAGGCAGGGAUUCAAAUUGCCCGUUCCUACUGUUCAUACUGGAUUUUCAUUCUCCAUUGUGCAUCUCCUUACUGCCAUUCGAAGAGCAAUGGUUGAUCCACAUGCAGAAGAUGAUGAUGUGGUGUAUGGAAAUGCUCAAGGGGUUAGCAAUGCUGAAGGGAUAAUUCGAUUUUAUUCUCUCAAAGAUAAAGGCAUUAGCAAUUCUGUACUAACAAAUUCCAAAAGUUUACCUUCUCUCACUCUUAACAAGAUUGUUGAGCGUGUUAGAUCAACUCCAAUGGAUCCUUCUAUUCUUCAAACCCAAGAGCCCCUUCAAGAUCUACUCAGAGGGGUUUUGGAGAUAUUUUCAUCCAAAACAGCGCCUUUAGGAGCUAGGGGAUGGAAGCCACUCGCUUUCUAUCGCAAGUCCAGUAAAUGUUGGUCAUGGAUUGGUCCCAUCAACGUUAACUCAUGCAAUGCUGAUGAGGAAUAUGUAUCUUCUAAAGCUUGGAGUCUUCACCAUAAUGUGCUUGUGAAGUUGGUUGAUUCCUUUGCUAUUUGGUACAAGAGUUUUCAAGAGAGAAUUCGUCAAGUUGGAAGCCUUCCUGCACCACCUUUGAUUUUGAUGCAACCAACACUAGAUGAAAGCGAAUGGUUCAGGGACAUAAUGUCUCGAAAGAAUGCUAUCAGUCCGAACUCUGAAGAAGUAAGAGCGUACUUUCAAAGGGAGGAAGCUUUGAGGUAUUUAGUCCCAGAUAUGGCAUUUUCUUACACAGCACUGGAUGGUCGAAAGUCUGCAGUUGCUCCUCUAACUAGUUGCAGUGGUAAGCCAUCAUGUAGAAACCGAGAUCAUUUUAUGCUUAAAGCUGAUCGACCACCUCAUAUCACCAAUCUCUGUCUUGUGAGAGAUGCAGCUUCUAGAUUACCUGGAAGUAUUGGUACCAGAGAAAAUGUUUCUACUCUUGUUCGGCACUCACAGUAUAUAGUGGAAGAUGUCUCUGAUGAACAACUUACCCACGUUAUUAGGUCUGCUCUGUCUCGGCUGCAAUAUGAAUUUGAUCCAUGUGUAGAAUUUGACAGACACAGAAAGUUGUGGGUAUAUUUACAUGGGGAAAGAGGUGAAGAGGACUUUCUGGAAGAUGGUACCUUAUCUACUUUAAGAAGGAGACGGCAUCGAGACAUGUCAUUGAGCAAUCUUUCUGUUCAUGAGACAGCCCUCCAAAAUGGACAGGAAGAAACUUGCAUGUUAUCUGCAGAAGGAAACAAUCUGGAUGUCAAUGUUGAUACCUUAUUGUCGGGUGAUAGAAAGUAA